AUGACCUCCCCCGCCAGCCCUAACAUCACAAGCUACUUCAACCGAGGGCCGCUGACAACCGCCUUUGCCCCUCCAACAACAUGCCUCCAGACCUUGUCCGAGGUCGUCUAUUAUGUGGAUGGCACAGCUGAGUCCACCACAUACUACGGGCACUGGUAUGGAGACUACACAGGUUACACAUGUUUACCCACAGGCACCGUGCCCGGCACUCUACUUGCUUCCCCGACAUACUGGGACACAUACUGGUACUCCCCAGGUCUUUAUUGUCCGACUGGAUGGACUACUGCAGGCCAACUGGCUGGAUCAUGGAAUGGGUUAGAUGUGGCCGGCAGCACGAGUGGUGCUAUUUGCUGUCCUUCGGGCAUGAACUUUUACUCACAAAAUCAUGAGUGCAGCCAAGUCCUAUCAGCAAAAGACACCAUUACAGUUGCAGCGACCGGUGUAGCGGUCCUAUCAACCCUGACAACACCAAUCACCAUUUAUGCGGACGGAAUCCCACUGAUUUGGGAGAAGUCUGAUCUUCCAAAGACGACAAGCGCAGCAACAACACCCUUGUCAACACCACCCUUGUCAACAUCACCCUUGUCAACACAAACAUUAACUGCAGCCAGCGCGACGGCAACAAACUCGUCCAACAAUGAUAAAAGUGGUGGCUUGUCAAAAGGAGCCAAGAUCGGCAUUGGAAUCGGGAUCCCGGUGGGGGCCAUUGCGAUAGGAGUAGCGAUCUUUUUCUACUUUCUCAACCGACACAAACGGCACAAAGAGGAGCUUCGCGCAAUGACGUAUGCUUCUCCGCGAGGUCGCGAGACGCUCUCGGAGAUUGCGACUAAAGAGCAUUCUGAGCUCUCGGAGCUCCCUCGUAAGGAAGAUCGCUCGGAACUUCCUUUGACCACUCCGAAUCUUGUGCAUGAAUUGUCAUGA